AUGUCCAUAUUCGGAGCAAUAUGUCUGGGUAGACCAAUGAUAUUAGCGGAACAAGUUGAUCAAACAAAAUUUGUUAUAAAUGUUCCCAAUGCUUCAAACAUUAAUUACAUAACAAUAUUCAUAUUACCCAAUUCUCCAUUUGUUGAUAAUAAUUUCACUGCAUUAAUAUAUUUUCAACUACCUCAACAGCAAAAUCAAACAUUACAAUCAGCUCCAGAAUUUAAAUUAUUAGGUGGAAUAAAUCCUUCAAAACCAUCGGCUAUCUAUAAAGUUAGUAAUUUAACCAAUAGUCAGAAUAUAACAAAUGCUCAAAAUCAGGAUGGGAUAGAUUUGGAAAUGAAUGAUUCUGGUCCAAUAGAUUUAAAUGAUUCCGUUAGUAUAAAUAUAGGAAUAUCAAUUGAACCAACUCCACAAGCAGAACAAUUGAUACAACAAUCUAAACAACAAAAUUCAACGAGUUUAGUAUCUACAAAACCUCAACCACAACCAUCAAAACCUAGUGAUACAGCUCAAUUGGCUAAUAAGAUAGUAGGUAAUGCUUAUAAUUACCUAGCUAGUUUUAUUGAUAAUCAAGGGAAAGUACCAAUAAAAGCAUUUGAUAAUUGGUGGGAUAAAUUUAAGACAAAAUUACAAAACAAUCCUAAUUUUUUAAAUGAAAUACUGGAAUAG